UUCUGCAGAGUCGUUCCCCCUCCUCUCUGGGCCGCCCUCCCUGCUGUGGCCCGCCCGCCGGAGUGGCCCUUGGGACUUUUGUACCCUGAGGCCUCGAUUUGGCUAACAGUACCGACCUGGGUAACGUCCUGUCCUGCGUACCAGGCAAUAAAGAUAAGAGCAGAGGCCCUGACCUCAGGGGCUGGGAAAGGAAGGUGGACUUGUGAAUAAAGAAGCAAAAUCUUUUGGAGGCCUCCAAGAAAGCAGGCAACCAUAUUUGGGAAUGACAAGUUUAUGCUUGGAAACACAAAACAGAGUAUAAACGGUUAAAGAUCCCAGGGGCCUAGAGGAUGGACUUUUCCAAGGUAGAAAGUGGUCCUGGAGCAGUGGCUUACAGUGAGAAAUCAGAGACUGCCACUCUUGAAGAAGGCUAUGGUUGGCAAAUUCCCAUUGAUCACAAUGCCUUCACAAUUUUAAAAAAUAAUGAGAGUCAGCUGUGUGAAGUCCUUCAGAAUAAAUUUGACUGUAUCUGUACCCUCAUCUCUCCAUCCCCAGAAGGUAACAGUGAGUCUCUGCAAGUCUUCAGACAAAUGCUCAUUCCUGGGUUGGAGUUAUCUGUUUGGAGGGAUGACCUCACCAGACACACUGUUGAUGCUGUGGUGAACGCAGCCAAUGAAGAACUUAUUCACGCGGGAGGCCUGGCCCAGGCCCUGGUGAAUGCUGGAGGCCCUGAAAUCCAAGAGGAGAGCCGAAGGUUUAUUUCCAGAUUUGGUAAAAUACCAACUGGUAACAUAGUUAUCACAAGAGCAGGGAGGCUUCCCUGCAAGUUAAUUAUCCAUGCUGUUGGGCCCCGGUGGGUGGCAAAAGAUCGUCAGAGAUGUAUCUGUAAGCUGCAGAAGGCCAUUAGAAAUAUUCUGAAUUAUGUCACCCUUACCGAGUCAGACGUUGAGACAGUAGCGAUUCCAGCCCUGAGCUCUGGGAUUUUCCAGUUCCCUCUGGACUUGUGUACACAGACCAUUGUGGAAACUAUCAGUUUUUAUUUCCAAAGGAAGCAACUGGCUGGUAAUUUGAAAGAAAUUCACCUGGUAAGCAAUGAGUACCCUACUGUUGUUGCCUUUAAAAAUGCUUCAGAAGUAAUCCUAGGGGUGAACAAGCCAGGAUCCCGGGUGAAUCAAGAAGCCACCCCACCUGUCAACACGAUUAUUGUAAACAAUUUGACUCUCCAGAUUGUCCAGGGCUACAUUGAACAGCAGGAGACAGAUGUAAUUGUUAAUUCUGUAAAUCCACUGUAUGGUCUUAAGUUCGGACCUGUGUCGACAUCAAUUCUACAACAAGCAGGAGAAGAAAUAGAAUUGGAAUUUAACCAAAAAAUUACUGAGAUACCUCAAGAGUCUCAGUUGGUACUGAUCACAAAAGGAUUUAAAUUGUCCUGUCAAUAUGUAUACCAUGUGUUAUGGCAUUUAAGAUACUCCAAACUGACAACAACACUGGGAAUGGCAGUGAAUGAAUGUUUGCAGAAAUGCCUUGAAUUAAAUAACACUUCCAUUUCCUUUCCUGCCCUUGGGACUGGAAGCAUUGGUAUAUGGAUGAAUAUAGCAGCUAAGAUUAUGUUUAAUGAAGUUUUAAAGUUUGCCAAAUGCCAUUUGAAAAAACAAUUAACCGUAAAGUUUGUGAUCUUUCCAGAAGAACUGGAGGUCUAUAAUGCUUUCAGUGCUGAAAUGGCAAAGAGUAAGUCCAGGCUACGGGGUUUCAAUAAUUACAGUGUCCCCCAGUUGACCAGAGAGGAGAAAAGAGAAAAUGGGCUCAAAAGUAAAUCUCCUGCCAUCAGCCUGAUGGGACGCAACAUGGAAAAGAUGAAGGAGGCCCAAGCGUGGAUCCGAAGGAUACUGACCCUCCAGGACCACCACAUCAUUGAGAAUUAUCAUAUACUCUACCUUGGAAAAAGGGAACAUGACAUUUUGACUCAGCUUCAGAAUAAUUUAAGGGUCUCUAUCUCAGAGAUUAUCAGUCUGGAAAAGGUAAUUUUAGAGAUUAAAGGAGCCCAGGCUAGCCUCGUUGAGGUGGUUAUGAACAUUGAACAUAUGCUGUGUGAAGUUCAAGAGGAAAUGGCAAGAAAAAAGGAGCUAGCCCUUUGGAGCUUGUCAGGACAAUGGACUAAUUGGCAACCAAAAAACCAGGAUGAAAUGAAAAGGAAUACAUUUCUGAAAUGCCUAAAGCUUUCAACUGAGGAAAUUCAGAAUCAGAAGAAACAGUUUGAAAGCUGUGGUUUCCAGGUUAUAAAGGUGGAGGAAAUUGACAAUGUGUUUCUCAUGGCUGUCUUCCAAAGAAAGAAGAAAAUGGUGGAAGAAAGAACACAUAGGGAUCCCGUGAGCCACAGGUUGUUUCAGCAAGUUCCUUACCAGUUCUGUGAAGCAGUAUGCAGAGUUGGCUUUCAAAGAAUGUACUCGAUGCCCUGUGACCCAAAAUAUGGAGUUGGUAUAUACUUCACCAAGAAUCUGAAAAACCUAGCAUACCAAGUCAAGAAUACAUCUGCCACAGAUGAACUGAUCUAUGUGUUUGAAGCUGAAGUACUCACAGGCUCCUUCUGUCAGGGUCAUCAUUUAAAUAUUUUCCCCCCACCGUUGAGUCCUGGAGACAUAGAUAGCCAUGACAGCGUGGUUGACAAUGUCUCCAACCCUGAAACCUUUGUUAUUUUUAGUGGCACACAGGCUAUGCCUCGAUAUUUGUGGACUUGCACCCAGGAUCAUGUACAACCACAGAAGGACUCAGCAGGACCAAUGAUGCUAUCUUCACAGCAGCCUUGGGAAAGAUUCUCAAGUGGUAGCUCUGUUGAUUAACCUCUGUUGAUUAACCUCCACAUCAUUUUGACAACUGGCAUGUCCUUACUUUGGAAGAACUAUCCAAAUAAUGACCAUCAGUAAGUCAGAGUGGCUUGAAUAUGUCAAAUGGGUUGUCCAUGUGGACUGAUUGUGUUAUUCAAGGAACCCACCACAUCCUCACAUCUUAGUUCUUUCAUCUUUGUCUUCAUCUCUUGGGAUUGAGGUGAAUAGAUCCCAACUAAAACACUCUCAGGACCAUUCCCUCUCCUUCAAGUUGUCCUUUCACCUCUUUUACUAUAGGUAACAGCAAAAAUGUUUUACAUGUAAUGAAGGGAUUUUUCUAGCAUACAAUCCAAGCCUUUUUAGUUUCUAAAAUGGAUAGUGUAAUAGCAGGAUGCUUUUGCAUUUUCCAGAUAAUCUUAUAUAGUGUUUUAGAUAUCAAAAUAAAUCACCUUUGUCUGAGUAACUGGCUUUGAAAAGUUAUAUGUAAAAUGACAUUAUUCGAAGUGGAAGGACAUCAAAAGGCUGAUAUUCUACUGAUAUCAUAUUUGGAUUCAGCCAUAUCAAGCAAUGCCAUUCAAGCAUCAUGAGGCCAAAUGAUUAAUUCACCAAAUAUUUCUUGAUCAUCAGAUGUGUUUCAUUUUUCUGGAUACUGGGGACAUGAUGCCAGACAAGGCAAAUAUCUUCAGGCAGCUGGCAGCCUGAAUAAUCAGAAAUGCAGCUAUAUGAUUGAGUAUAAUAAAAGAGGAAUUACAGAUUCUUUGGAAAAAUUUAAGAGGGAGAGGAAUAAAUUAAUCAGGGGUUGGGAGGAAGGCCUUCUAAAGAAAGUGAAACUCAAGAUGAAACCUGAAGUAUUUGUAAGAGGUAGGUGAAAGAGGGAUGCAGCAAAUCAGGAGCAGAGAUGGAAGAAUACUUUAUGCAGAGAGAAAAGCUCUUAUCAAGGCUGAAUCCACUGUGACUUUGCCCAAAUUUGACUUCAGAGUUCUGUAAUGUAAAGGCCAGCUAAUCUCACCAUUUAUCUCUUGCCUAUUCUGAAAUCUGUAUUUCCCUAUGCUUCCAAAA